GACGCCAUAACCCCAAAUGGCGCGAAGGCGAACAGUCAACAUUGCUCUUAACCUAUAAACUGUGGGUUUUGUGAUAAACAUUUACAAAGCAAAAAAAACUCAAAAAUGGGUAUUUUAGGACUAUCCAAAUUGUUACUCGAUAUUGCACCGCACGCAAUAAAAGAACAUGAAAUUAAGACCUACUUUGGCAGAAAAGUUGCUAUAGACGCUUCGAUGUCUUUAUACCAGUUUUUGAUAGCAGUUCGUAGCGAGGGUGCUCAGUUAACAACCGUAGAUGGCGAGACAACUUCACAUUUAAUGGGAACAUUUUAUCGUACAAUACGGCUGGUGGAACACGGUAUCAAACCUGUCUAUGUAUUUGAUGGAAAACCUCCGAAGCUCAAAUCUGGUGAAUUGAAUAAACGUGCAGAAAGACGCGAAGAAGCUCAGAAAGCUUUGGAGAAAGCAACCGAGGCUGGUGACGCUACAGAAAUGGAGAAAUUUAAUCGUAGACUCGUAAAGGUGACCUCAGAGCAUACAAAAGAAGCCAAGCACUUGCUGUCGUUAAUGGGUAUUCCGUAUAUUGAGGCACCUUGUGAAGCCGAAGCUCAAUGUGCAGCGAUGGUGCGUGCCGGGAAGGUAUUUGCAACAGCCACUGAAGACAUGGACGCAUUAACUUUUGGAUCAAAUGUCUUAUUGCGUCAUUUAACUGUAAGUGAAGCCAGAAAACUUCCCAUACAGGAAUUUCAUCUAGAUAAAGUCUUGGAGGGUUUAAAAUUAUCACACAAGGAGUUCAUCGAUUUAUGUAUAUUGCUGGGUUGUGAUUACACAGACAGUAUUCGUGGUAUUGGUCCUAAAAGAGCAAUCGAUCUCAUUACUCAACAUAAAAGUAUUGAAAACAUUCUCGACAAUAUUGAUAAAAGCAAAUAUUCACCACCAGAGGAUUGGAAUUUCGAAGGUGCACGUGAAUUGUUUAUCACGCCGGAAGUAGCCGAUCCAGAGACUAUCGAAUUGAAAUGGAAUGACCCUGAUGAAGAGGGACUUGUGAAAUACCUUUGCGGCGAUAAACAGUUUAACGAAGAGCGUAUAAGAAAUGGUGCCAAAAAAUUACUAAAGGCUAGAGGCACAAGUACCCAAGGACGUCUGGAUGGUUUCUUUAAAGUUUUAUCUACCACACCUGCGAAACGAAAGGUAGAAGACAAGAAAGAUGGAGCUAAUAAACGAGGCAAGGGUAGUGGUGGUGCCAGAGGAAGAGGAAGACCAAAAUAAAAUAUUGUCAACAGAACUUGCAUGAAUUUUUUUCUUGUUGUACUUUAUACACUUUUCAAUAUAAUUUAUACAUACUU